AGCAGCAGCAGCGCAGCGCAGCGGUGCCGACAUCGUCCUAACUUGCACGCGUGGAGUGACCCCAGACAUUUCACUAAAAUGAGCGUGCUUAGCAGGAAGAGAUGUGUUCCUUACACUAGAAAUCACCCCGUCACAUGUAGUGGUGUCCCAAUUAAUGGAUUCUGACAUGGAUUAUGAAAGGCCAAACGUAGAGACCAUCAAGUGCGUUGUGGUGGGGGACAACGCUGUGGGCAAGACCAGGCUCAUCUGUGCCCGAGCUUGCAAUGCCACCCUCACCCAGUACCAGCUGCUCGCCACUCACGUGCCCACGGUUUGGGCCAUUGACCAGUAUCGGGUAUGCCAGGAGGUGCUGGAACGCUCCAGGGACGUGGUAGAUGAUGUCAGCGUCUCCCUCCGCCUCUGGGACACCUUUGGAGACCAUCACAAAGACCGUCGCUUUGCUUAUGGCAGGUCCGACGUGGUGGUUCUGUGUUUCUCCAUUGCCAACCCUAAUUCCCUCCACCAUGUCAAGACCAUGUGGUACCCAGAGAUCAAGCACUUCUGCCCCCGAGCACCUGUCAUCUUGGUGGGCUGCCAGCUGGACCUGCGCUAUGCUGACCUGGAGGCUGUUAAUAGGGCCAGGCGACCCUUGGCUAGGCCCAUUAAACCUAAUGAGAUCCUUCCGCCGGAGAAGGGCCGGGAGGUGGCCAAGGAGCUGGGCAUCCCCUACUACGAGACCAGCGUGGUGGCCCAGUUCGGCAUCAAGGACGUCUUCGACAACGCCAUCCGCGCAGCGCUCAUCUCCCGCCGCCACCUACAGUUCUGGAAGUCCCACCUCCGCAAUGUGCAGCGGCCUCUGCUGCAGGCGCCCUUCCUGCCCCCCAAGCCCCCUCCGCCCAUCAUUGUGGUGCCCGAUCCCCCCUCCAGCAGUGAGGAGUGCCCCGCCCACCUCCUGGAGGACCCGCUGUGCGCGGACGUCAUCCUGGUGCUGCAGGACCGGGUGCGCAUCUUUGCCCACAAGAUCUACCUCUCCACCUCCUCCUCCAAGUUCUACGACCUGUUCCUCAUGGACCUGAGUGAGGGGGAGCUGGGGGGCCCCUCGGGGCCAGGGGGCCCCCGCCCAGAGGACCAUCGGGCUCACCCUGAUCAACACCACCACCAUCACCAUCACCACCACCAUGGCCGGGACUUCCUGCUUCGGGCCGCCAGCUUCGACGUGUGCGAGAGCGUCGAGGAGGCCGGGGGCUCGGGUCCCGCUGGGCUCCGGGCCUCGACCAGCGACGGGAUCUUACGGGGCAACGGAACAGGGUACCUGCCCGGGAGGGGUCGCGUACUAUCCUCCUGGAGCCGAGCUUUUGUGAGCAUCCAGGAGGAGAUGGCAGAAGAUCCACUGACCUACAAAUCCAGACUGAUGGUGGUGGUAAAAAUGGACGGCUCCAUCCAGCCGGGGCCUUUCCGGGCUGUUCUCAAGUACCUGUACACAGGGGAGCUAGAUGAGAACGAGCGGGACCUCAUGCACAUCGCCCACAUCGCCGAGCUGCUCGAGGUCUUUGAUCUGCGCAUGAUGGUGGCCAACAUUCUCAACAACGAGGCCUUCAUGAACCAGGAGAUCACCAAGGCCUUCCACGUCCGCCGGACCAACCGGGUUAAGGAGUGCUUGGCAAAGGGCACCUUCUCAGAUGUGACUUUCAUCUUGGAUGAUGGCACCAUCAGCGCCCACAAGCCCCUGUUGAUUUCCAGCUGUGACUGGAUGGCUGCCAUGUUUGGGGGACCAUUUGUGGAGAGUUCCACGAGGGAGGUGGUCUUUCCUCACACUAGCAAGAGCUGCAUGCGGGCAGUGCUGGAGUACCUGUACACCGGCAUGUUCACCUCCAGCCCCGACCUGGACGACAUGAAGCUCAUCAUCCUGGCCAACCGCCUCUGCCUGCCGCACCUGGUUGCCCUCACAGAGCAGUACACAGUGACCGGGCUGAUGGAAGCAACUCAGAUGAUGGUGGAUAUUGACGGGGACGUCCUUGUGUUCCUGGAACUGGCUCAGUUCCACUGUGCAUACCAGUUGGCGGACUGGUGUCUCCACCACAUCUGCACCAACUACAACAACGUGUGCCGCAAGUUUCCCCGAGACAUGAAGGCCAUGUCCCCAGAAAACCAGGAGUAUUUUGAGAAGCACCGGUGGCCACCCGUCUGGUACCUGAAGGAAGAAGAUCACUACCAGCGGGCACGGAAGGAGCGUGAGAAGGAGGACUAUCUCCACCUCAAACGGCAGCCCAAGCGGCGGUGGCUGUUCUGGAACACUCCCUCCUCACCGUCCUCUUCUGCGGCCUCCUCGUCGUCCCCAUCCUCCUCCUCGGCUGUGGUCUGAGAUGCUGCCACCUUCUUCUGACCCUACUGCUGUUGUGCCCACCUGUCCUUGCCCCUCUGCUCUCUGCAUCGCCCCCUCCACCUUCCAGGGACAAGGGGACCCACAUAACCAGGACCCUAAGGGCAGAGCUGUUCUCACCAGCAGGAGAGGAGCUGGGCCUUGUGGAUCAGAACAGGGACCCUUCAGAGGUCCCCAGUUCUGAAGCAGGGCAGGGGACAGCUGCUGGGAGGUGGGGAGCAGGAAAGAGCUGAGAACGCUGGCAUCUUGUCUCUGGGUUGGAGAACCUUCGAGUCAAAGGGAAAACUCUUCCAGCCAUGACAGAGUUGUGGUCUGGGCUGGCAGGCCCCUCCUGCACAGCGAGGGUCCUGUUGGCCAUGUUUUUCCAUCAAUGGACUUGAGGGUCACAAAUGUUUCGUGGGCAUUUCCACAUGGUCAUUUCCUCACUGAAGAAGUCAGGGUCAACAUUAAGCCUUCAGAGCUCAGCUCAAGGCUUCCACAUCCUGGGUUGAGCUGCCAGAGGCCACUCGUGGGAGGCUUGCACUCUGCUGGCAGCCUCCCAGGGCUGUCGACAAACAGGCCCGGUAAAGAAAGGGUGGUGUUGUGCAGAGCUCCAGGCCCAGGAGCAGUGCCUCUCGAUGCAGUGAGAAACUUCUCCCUGCCCCCUCCCUCACCAGUCUGAGAUGAGAACCAAAGGAAACAGCUGGAACGAAGGGGUUGGUGGGGGUCUGGGUGCAGAAAUCCCAUGCUCCUCUGGGCUCCCCUGCUGCCUCUAGUUAGCACAGCUUCUUGUGGGGUGGGACAAAAUUAGCAAAACAAAACAGAUGAAAUGAAAAACCGAACAAGAGCAACAAGCAAAAUCACCACCAACAAAAACACUCUAACCUCUACCCCUCAACGAAGAACAGAAAACAACCAUGUAUGGCUCACGUUUUUAUAAAACCAAACAGGGGCCUCCAUGUUGAUGAGACACAGGUUUAGGUGGUAGAAUUGAUUCCAGUGCCUGUCAGGAAAGGACUUUGUCACCUGCAGUGACUGAAAGCUCCCCGGUCUGCUGGCUGGCUCAGGAGCAGUGUAAGUCCCAUGCCUUUAGCUUACUGGGAUUGAGAUUUUGGGAAUGGUAGGUGGGGAAGAAAGGGCAGCCUCAGGAUUCAAACACAGCAUUAGAUGCUUGCUUUUGCCUAUAAUGAGAAUCAGGUUGUCCUCAUCUUCAGAGGUGAUCCCACAGGAUGUGAAUGUUUUGGAGGAAGGGUUGGGUAGGGGUCAAGGGUCAGGUAAAAGGGCACUGACUUAGGAAUAGGAAUCUCAGUAAUGAAGGAUCAUAGGAUAGGAUCUUAACUUAGUGCUGGUUUGGGAUACAAGGGAAGGAGAAAACGGAGAAUUAAACAGGAGCAACGCCAAGGUCAGUCCAGAGAAGAGGCGUGAUGAGACUCUGAGCAUGUGUAGCAACACCCACGGGGGAAAGCCGGGUCACAGUGGAUCCCUUCCUCAUCUUCUAAUCUUGAUCAUAUUUUACCCCAUUUUUAAAGUCUUUUUAGACUUAAAAGACAGAGUGCCUCUGAUGAAGGUGUGGUCAAGGAGACACUGAGCUCCUGGGCUCAGAGCUGGGAAGUCACCUGGCCUGAGAAAGAUGCUUUAGGUCUUGGAGACCUGGGGUGGGUUCCACCACCAGGAGUCAGGCUUCAGGUCUGGGAGAGAGCAAACCCAGAAACAAAGGAAUCCUCUGUAACAAUCUAGUGGUGCCAAGACCUAGAGAUUUGAGGUUAAAUCCUUGUCAAGAGAAGGAGCAGGAAGUCGCAGUUCACGCAGGUCUUCAGGGGCUGUAAGCCAUGUGUCUGAGCCCCAGACUUCUCCAAGGCCAUGGCUGCUGCCCCUCUAAGUCCUCCUCCAGGGCAGCAGCUGGGGAGCCAGAUAUAUGCUGCCCUCUACUGACUUGUCAGCCUCCUUUCACUGAGCUCACAAUCCAUGGCUGGGGGUGAGGGAUGCUGAGGAGCACCCAAAGGGGGAGCAGCUCUGCACCCAGCACCUUUGCUCUGGGAAGGGGAAAAGUGGGAGCAAUGGGGCCUCCCAGGAACUCUAGAUGAGAGGGGGAGCCAGGGCCUAAAGUCCAAGGAGAAGGGAAAUGGGUGUCUGUGAGCUGGCAGGGCUGAGCCACCUGACUCACUGACAAGGAUGCAGAAAGGCCAAUGGGGAGAGAAAGUGUAGGUGGCCCAGGAGGUGUAGGAAGCCCACAGGAGUAGGGCCACAGAUUGACCCCAGCAACCAGGGCCAGCUCACCCCUCAGGGACCCACCACCCCUUCCCAACUGCUCUGUCAGGGCUGGUCUGCACCGUGUGGGAGCCCAGCAGGCCCAGGGGCAACCCAGGCACCAGCUGGGGAGGCUGUGGGGGAGCCAGGCUGGGGCUGGGGUCCGUCUCCCAGGGGGAAGGAGAGGGAGGGAGGAGCAGCUGAAAUUUUAGUCCCCAUGAACCUGGCCCUUGGAAAUCCGGAGUCAGAGCAGGAAACCUACCCACGGGGGCGAGCCUGAAGGCAUCAGCGGGAAGGGAAGGAGUGAGCCCCACAGCAAAAUACACAGCCCUGUACUCCUCAAGUCACUCAGAGCUGCUCCAGAGGAGAAAGGGAGGAUGGGGAGGAAAACAAAGAACACACCUCUUUUUAUAUAAGGUUUCAUAUUUAAUUUGGUCAUGAAUUCAUAAAUACAUGAGUAUUUUGUAUUUGA